GUUACUUUGUCUCGGCCUGAGCGACCGACGGCACUUGCCUUGUCCGACUACUGUGCUGUGCUGUGGUAUCCAACUGAUAUUCAUUGCCGCUACCCGCUCUCCUCAGCUGGGCUAUCCCAUCAUCGUCCACCCACCCCCUCACCCACUCACCUGACGUUCUCGACUCCGCUCUCCAAACACCACAUCCCACUUCACACUGCCACACAUUACUACUACACCAUACUGCUCGCGUAUUCAGCCACACCAUCUCCUUCAGCAAUGGACGGCAUAGAAGCCAUGGGUGCACGACGUGCCAUGUCGCUCAUGUUCACCGUCCCCGAACGCUUCAUCAGCUUUGCCCACAUGGACCAAAAGACCUUUUUCGAAUUAUCAGACUGGAUCCUGGCCAAUGUCGCGUCGCAAAUCACACCGGAAAUUAGCGUCGAGGAGUCGCUCUUUGUCUUCUUGGACAUUGUCGCGCAGGGAAACAGCUUCAGCGAAGUGGCGUAUGGAUGGGAUCAUGACGUCGAGCUGACCCAAGGUAUCUUCCUAAACGUCCUCAAUGCCCUGACCGUGCUGCGCGAACGCCGAGAAAUUGCCGAUUCGUGCCCGCCCUUCACCCAGACCCGUAAGCGAUGGGAAGUCGCCCGACGAUGGAACCAGAAGCGAUCACGACCAAACCCCAGUGGUGUAGUCAGGAUAGGCUACGAUGAAAUGUGCCGGGACGGCCUCGAGGUCGACCAGGAGUGCUUGAAAGAGGCACUGGUUGCACUCAACAACUUCAUCCACGAAAACGCCGACUAUGACGAAUCAUGAACACCAUCCUCUUUUUUUGUUAUUCUUGUCUUGUUUCUUUUGUUUCCUGCAUUUCGUCUGGUGUUGGUUUGGCUUUCGGGUAACGACUUGGGCAGCGCAUAGCGUCGGAUGGAAAGGUUCAACCCGGUGUUCAGAUGAACUACGUUUUUCUUUUCCUUUGUUG